CCCAGGGCCAUGGAGAAGGGAGCCAGCACUUCGGCCAGCAGGUCGGUGGUCUCGACCUCCACGGCCACCUUCAAGGAGGAGCUGCUGUGCCCCAUCUGCUACGAGCCUUUCCAAGAAGCCGUGACGCUUUGCUGCGGCCACAACUUCUGCAAGGGUUGCGUGAUCCGUUCCUGGGAGCACCGGCAGCACGUGUGCCCCGUCUGCAAGGAGACCUCCUCGUUCGACGACCUUCGCGUCAACCACACGCUCAACAACCUGGUGGAGAUGAUCCUUAACGAGGAAAGGAAGCGUAAGGACCAGGCGUCCACCCUCUGUCCCCUGCAUCACGAAGAAGCCAAACUCUUCUGCCUGGAGGACAAGGAGCUGACCUGCUUCGGCUGCCAGGGCUCCAAGCAGCACGAAGGGCACAAGAUGCGGCCGGUGCAGGAGGCGGCAGAGGAUUUCAGGGCCAAGCUGAAGAACAUGGAGACCUCCCUGCGGGGUAAGGUGAAGGAUUUCGGGGCUGUGCAUCGCUGCUACGAGUCCAUCUCCAAACACAACCAGGUGGAAGCGAGGCGGCUGGAGGAGCAGAUCAGGAGGCAGUUUGAGAAGCUGCACGAGUUCCUGCGGGGCGAGGAGGAGGCACUGCUGGCCCAGCUGCAGGAGGAGGCGCAGCGCAAGCGCGGCCCCAUCGAGGCCAAGAUGAAGCAGCCGCCUGGUCCCUUCCUCCCUCCCUGCCCCAUCUUCAUCCUCUGCCCCCACCCCAGGAUUGCCUGCACGGCUGAGGAGCCGGAGGCUGUGCGCUCGGGGAUGCUUCUCGAUGUCGCCAGGUCCUUGUACGACGUGUGGAAGAAGAUGCUGGACAUCAUCACCGACGGCGAGAUGUGCCGACCAUCCAACAUGGCCCAUUCGGAGGCGGCGCUGGGCAACCUGAGACGGAUCCGAGUGGAGCUGGACUGCGACGAAGGGGAGCUCUCCUUCUACGACACCGACGGCAAGACCCACAUCUACACCUUCCACGAGAAGUUUGGCGGCACCGUCUUCCCCUACUUCUAUGUGGGGAAUACGGGGGCGGGCACUCUGCCUGAAACGCUCCGCAUCUGUCCCCUCCGGGUCCGCAUCCACGAGGAUCUCCCUAUCUAG